ACUGUCCGUUAUACACCCGUAUGUCGGUUCCUUUCUGUAACUCCUCGAUGUACGAGUAACUUCUCAUAAAUUUUAUAAAAGUUUACUAUCUACUUAGGGAACUAUUAAGUGUGGAUUUUUAGUGAUAGUGCGCUAUAAAGUGUGAUCAUGUGAAUUAUAGUGUAUUUGUAAACACGCAAAAGGGAUUGGACUUUUUGUUUUGGUCACAUGCGCAUGAUUGUCAGCCGCUGGCGAGAUGUCUGCCGUGAUGAGCACAUUGUCCAUGAUCAGCGGUGGCAGGCGAGCGCACCGCAAACUCGCAUCCAGUGGCCGCAAGUCAGGACAGUACUCUGAUGUUGGAGAGGAAAGCCAUCGACGACAGAAUGAGCUCAAGCAGCAGAGGUCCGCCUCUUUGCAAACUUUGGAGACCGGCGGAGGAGGGGUCGUCAACCUUGAAACACUGGAGGCGAAGAUGGCGAGUAUAGAAGUGUCACUGGCCGGAUCGAGGCGGCGCAGCGCUGGCGCUCGGGACAUAUCCCGCGAGUUGGAUGCACUGCGGGCGGCCCUCGGGGACAAGGAUACACUCAUACAGAAUCUGAAAAAGCAACUGAGUGCAUCUCUAAGCGCUGCCCGUCUCGCUACAUCAGCUACCACGCCUCCAGCAUCCCGCGCCGGCACAGAGGAAUACGCUGCUUCGCUUUCAGCGGACGAGAGGAGAGCGCUUGAGGAACGCGCAGCAGCUGUACGCAGCGAUCUCGAGACUAAACGCGCCAAUAUUCAGGAGCUAAGGAAGCGGUUGGAUAAGACACAUGUCACUGAUAACAUAGAUACCCGAAUUCAACAAGCGGAACUGCAGUACAAGCUGGGGCGCGAGGAGUUGGAGCUGCUGACCCUCGGCGAGCAGGCGCGGGCGCUGGCACAACUCAUCGAGCAAGCAGACGCUGCCUCCAAAAGGAAUGACCGCAUCACGCUUUACAGCACGGUGCGCGAGUGUGGAGGUACCGCCACGCUGGUCUCGGUUGAAGUUCGUGAGGGCACAUGGGGUGCAGUGCCCCGGGGCUCCGGCGUUGUCGUCGAAUGGGCCGGAGACAACGCCCCGUUAAGAGCCGGUGACAGAUUAGUGGAAGUGAACGGCACGUGGACGGUGUCGUGUCGUAGUGUGGAGGAGGUGCAGCGGGCGGCGACCAGCUCCAACCCGGCGCGACUGGUGGUCAUCCGAGGGUACCCCACGCAACAGCACCAGCCAAUACACUCCAAUACUUUUACUCAUAACGAAGCUAGUUCUCUGCGCGCGGAGCUGAACGCGCUGCGCACAGCAUCUGAGGAGACGGAGCGCGCCAAAGAGAGCCUGCGGACUGACAACACGCGCCUCACGCACCGCAUCUCGUACCUCGAGGAGCAGGUCGCCGAGAUGCUGGCCAGGCAUGCACAGGUACAACCCACAAGCAGCAACGACAGUUGCAUAACUGUUAAUAAAUCAAAGAAAAAUGUGACCAAUAUUAACAUCACUACGGAACCCCAAUCAAAGAGUAAACAUAGUCCGAAAUCAGAAGUUCAGGUGUUCCAAAAGGGUCCGGACAUCACGGCCAUCGUCGCCAAAUUACCUGGACUGGACGGAGCUGAAGCUAACCUGCCCCUCAUGAGGCCAAGGUCCAACGCUUCUGGAGCGUCGUCCAGAGCCGCAGUAUCUCCUCGAGCCUCGCCACAACCAAACUACAGAUCCCACAGCUCGCACAGUUUGGAACACAAAGCUGGGCGCAUGCGGCAUUCUCUCUCACACCACUGCAUACACGGUGCUAUGGAUUACAGCGCGGAAACAGAUGCCGCAAUACGUAUGAUCGAACGAAACCAAAGACACAUGGAGAAACAACGCAUGAAAUCAGAAAAACUAAACAGAACCAAGACAGAAGAAUACUUCCGAUCAGACAGCGACUUGGACGUAAAAGAUUCUCGCAUAAACAUGAGCGCUUGCGACCCCAAACAUUAUGAGAUCAAAAAAGCAGCCGACCGUAUAGAAGAGAGCAUCAAGAAAACCAAUUGGGCUGAGAGGAAAACGCUGUCAAUAAUUGAACAGUUGAAACGGUCGCAGCGGUUAAGGAAGAUGAAGAAGAAUGAUAGCUCAGAAGAUAUUCAGGUAGAAUCUGAGAAGCAUUACAUGUACCAUAGGAUAGAUGGCAAAGUGUUGGAGAAUGCCCACAAGUCGAGUCGAAGAACAUCGAAACUACACAGCAGAAGCGCCAAGUCUUCAGAAUUCGAAUCGGAGUGUUCCGACUACCCUAACGGUGACAUGUACAGCAGUUCUCCGAGGAUAGACUACGGGUCUGAAAGCUGCUCAAGGUUGAGUCACUAUCGGAAAAACGAGGAUAGGAGAGAUAGUGACGUGAAGUCAAGACCCACUCCACCGCGAAAACCACUUCGUCUAUCUUUACAUAAGGCGCGUAGUGCCCACUCAUUAGUAAAUGGGAGCGAAUCAGAAACACCUAGUAGACCAUUAUCGGAACUGCAGAAUGGCGACCUUCAAGAUUGUCAGAAGAGACCAGUGAAAAGAACUCACGGAGCCGAUAAGUGGGCAAGGGAAAGAAUAAGGGAUCCAGGACGAGCUACUCCAAGACCGACGCGGAAACUCUUGAACGGGCUGAGCGCGUGCGAGACUCCAGCAGCCGAUGCUCUGUACCCUGAGAAUACUCAUAAACCGAUGAAAGCGAAUGGUGUCAUGCAUUCAGCAGGCAAGUGGUGCUAAAGUCGAAAAGAACAGUCCAGUACGUACAAUUAGGAAA